GACACCGAGUUCCAGCCCGAGCUCAGCGCCGCCGGCUCCCGCCUCGCCGUGGUGAAGUUCACCAUGCGCGGAUGUGGGCCUUGUUUAAGGAUAGCUCCAGCUUUCAAUGCCCUGAGUAACAAAUAUCCUCAGGCAACUUUUUUGGAGGUGGAUGUACAUCAGUGCCAGGGAACAGCUGCUACCAAUAAUAUAUCAGCCACACCAACAUUUCUGUUUUUUCGAAACAAAGUGCGAAUCGACCAGUAUCAAGGAGCAGAUGCUGUAGGUUUAGAAGAAAAAAUUAAACAGCACCUGGAGAAUGACCCUGGAAACAAUGAAGAUACAGAUAUCCCAAAAGGAUAUAUGGAUUUAAUGCCAUUUAUCAAUAAAGCUGGCUGUGAAUGUCUUAACGAAAGUGAUGAGCAUGGCUUUGAUAAUUGUUUACGUAAAGACGCUACCUACCUGGAAUCAGACUGUGAUGAGCAGCUACUUAUUACUGUAGCUUUUAGUCAACCUGUCAAGCUUUAUUCUAUGAAACUUCAGGGGCCAGAUAACGGGCAAGGUCCAAAGUACAUAAAAAUUUUUAUUAACCUUCCUCGAUCUAUGGAUUUUGAGGAAGCAGAACGAAGCGAACCAACUCAAGCCCUGGAGCUAACACCAGAGGAUAUUAAAGAAGAUGGUAUUGUCCAGCUUCGCUAUGUAAAAUUUCAGAAUGUUAACAGUGUAACUUUAUUUGUCCAGUCCAAUCAUGGUGAUGAAGAGACAACAAGAAUUACGUACUUCACAUUUAUUGGAACUCCAGUCCAAGCAACAAAUAUGAAUGACUUCAAGAGAGUAGUUGGCAAAAAAGGAGAGAGCCACUAGGAUGCUAAAGACACUGGAAGGCCUUAUAGCAAUCAGAUGAGAUCUUCACUUUUAUCUACGACUCCUGGAUAAUUGCUUGACCAUAGCCAGAGACUGUCAAUCUGUUUCGAUUAAUAACAUUACCAAUAAAUCAUUGCUUUUGUUGAGAUGGAGUUUCUCUAGUGUGUUUCUGUUGUAAUCCUGGUACAUGUAUUUGUAAAUAAAAUUCAUUACUUUUGCCAAGUUUAA